AUGAAGUACCUGCAAUCGGUACCUCUGGGGGCGCUAUUGGCACUGGAGCUGCUCGUUCUGUGCGAAUCGUGCACCGCAAACGAAGUGUUCGGUUGCGGGGGAUUCGUGAAAAAUGUGAACUCCGAUCUGGACUCGAGCAAGGUUGAAGUCGGGCUGUACACCCCGCAGGGCAGUUUGAAAAUCAAAACGGAAUGCUCCCCCUCAAACGGGUAUUACUUCGUCCCGGUCUACGAUAAGGGCGACUACGUAUUGAAGGUUAUUCCGCCACCCGGUUGGAGCUUCGAGCCGGAACAGGUGUCGAUCAAGUUCGACGGCCAGUCGGACGUCUGCAGCCAGGGAAGUGAUGUGAACUUCCUCUUCACCGGGUUCGGCAUUACGGGCAAGAUUGAGUUCUACGCAAUGCCGGAUGCGGGUGCACGCGGCGUUAACGUAGACCUGGUCACAGAAGAUGGCAAGAAAAUUGGUGAAACGAUCACCACGACCGCCACGGGGGUGUUUUCUUUCACACCGAUCAAACCGGGCCGGUACGUGGUGAAAGCGCAGCACCCGAAGUGGCACUUUGUGCACUCAGAAUACAAGGUUACGGUGGCCACCGGUAACACCGAGAUUCCGCCCGGUUCGCUGGUCGUUUCCGGAUUCGAUGUGGAGGGUGGUGUCUUCAGCGAUGGCCAACCGUUCGGAAGUGUGGGCUUCCUGCUGUACGCCGCCAAAAACCAAAAAACGCUCGUGAAGUGUGCCACCGGCAGCAUUCCCGCGAUUGCGAACUCGGGUGAUAAGGCGUACGAGUCGAAUCCGCUUUGCUACACGACACCCAACAAGGACACGGGAUCCUACGUGUUUGCGGGUGUUUCCCGCGGAAAGUAUCUCAUCCGGCCGCACUUUAGCGACAGCAAGAUUAAAUUCCACAUCCGGCCGGAGGCGCUCCAGGUGGAGGUGUCUCAGGACGAAGUGCGGCUGCGUGAAAAUUUCGAAGUGACCGGAUUCAGCGUUUCUGGGCGCGUGUUGCGCUCGCCAAACGGAGCCAGUGUGGCCAAUGCUCGCGUGAAGCUCAAUGGCCGGGAAAUAGCGGUCACGGGCAAGGACGGAAGCUACACACUGGACAACAUACAAACGGGCACGUAUACCAUCCAGGUCGUGGCCGACGAUUUACAGUUUAAGGACCACAUCGUGAAGGUUUCGCUAGCCAACCCAUCGUUGCCGGAUGUUCUCGUGUCCGGGUUUAAGGUUUGCGGUCAGGUCGUGUCCAAGAAGGCGCACCGAGUGGCGAUUACCAAGAAGGCCUCUACCAUGAUGGUGGAACUGACGAGCACGGCAGGAACAGGUGAAUGGUGUACGUUCCUCGAGAACGGCCAGUACACGGUGCAGGUACUAACGAGCGACGAGGAACGGGCCAGUGGCAUUCAGUUCUUCCCGGUAACCCAAUCGAUCGAAGUGAAUUAUCCGCCGGUCGAGGCAAUCGUCUUCUCACAGCUGCGGGCGACCGUCACCGGCGAAGUUCGGUGCCUGGCGGAUGCAAAGCGAGAAUGCCGUGAUCUGUCCGUGACGCUGCAGGCCCUCGAUAGCAACGGUAACACUGUCGGCCAGCCCGUUAUGGCGAACGUGGCGGAAUCGGGCAAAUACAGCUUCCAGAAUGUGCUCCCCGGAAGCUACGAGGUCAGCGUGCCGAGUGGCAAAUUGUGCUGGGAAUCAAACACGGUCAAGAUUAACAUUAAAUCUUCCAAGGAAGCGGUGCCGGACUUUGUUCAGACCGGUUUCAUCGUAUCGGUCAUUGCAAGCCACGGUGCUUCGAUGAGCUAUCGGUGGAAGAGUUCCUCCGAAGGGGCGAGUGCCGUCAAGGAAGAGGAACUUGUCCUCACGGCGGGUAUGAAUAUGUUCUGCGUGAAACGAGCCGGGGAGUACGAAAUGCGUCUGGGAGGAUGUCAUCGGUUCGAAAAAACUACCCCCACCGGAUUCAGCACCACCGACGGAGCACCAAUUUCGGUGAACGCCAAGAGCCACCGGAACGUGUUGAAGUUGUUUGCGGAGGCUAAAGAAAAUUAUCGCGUUAAAGUUUUGCGUGAGGGGAUGGCCGAUGAGGUUGUGCAAUUCGAACUCAGCACCGCCCGGGAUGAUUCGCCGACUGGCGGUGGGUACGUUUAUCGAAAAGAAUUCUUCCUCGAGCACGGUGAACUGAUCACAAUCGUGCCCCAGAGCGACAUUAUGCUCUUCACUCCGGAGCAGCUAGAAGUGACGGGUGGCGCCGAUUGUGUCGAUGUUGGACAAAAGCUGCAUGCCAAGAAGGGACUGCUCAUCAACGGUCGCACCAAUCCCCCGAUCAAGGAAGCCACCAUUACGCUGACGUUCCCGAAGAAUAUGGAACUCACGCCUCAAACGACCCUCACCGACGAGAAGGGGGAGUUCCGCUUCGGACCCAUCGAUCCAUCCUUCGCGGUCGAACUGUCCGCCGAGAAGGAAUCGUACGUGUUCUCGCCCUUCGAUCGAGCGACCAACACUUUCGGUGGCCACAAACUGUGCGAGAUCAUUGUCACCGUAAAGGACGAUGCCGGCAACCGGUUGUCGGGUGUACUGUUGUCUCUGUCCGGUGCGGAAAGCUAUCGCAAAAAUCUAGUCACCGGCGACGACGGUACGAUCAAGUUCCACUCGUUGUCCCCGAGCGAAUACUAUCUGCGGGCGAUGAUGAAGGAGUACGAAUUCCGACCGAACUCCAAGCUGAUCGACGUCCAGGAAGGGGCGACGGUGGUGGAAGAGCUCGUCGGCAUGAGGACACAGUUCUCGAUCUUCGGUUCGAUCACCUCCCUCAACGGUGAACCGUUCUCGAACGUGGUAGUGGAAGCGGCCGCCAACGAAAAGUGUGGCAACACGCUGGAAGAGGCGACGAGCGAAUUUAACGGCCAGUAUCGUAUCCGAGGACUUACGCCCGGGUGCCAGUAUCGGGUGCGAGUUCGCACCGGAAGCGGUCCAUCGGCCCCGGUUGAUCGAUCCAUUCCACGCGAGCGUGUGGUCGAUAUCGGUAAGGCGGACACACGCGAAGUCAAUCUGAUUGCCAUCAGUCCGCUCGCGUUCGUCGAUGUCACGGUGCGAGUGGUGGCCUCCGAACUGGACUACUACAAAACGCUAAAGAUUGCGCUCUACCGGAAGGGAAGUGAAUCGCCCGUUCACUCGCAGCGCAUCGAAUCGCCCCUGAACAUGAAAUCCAAGGUUAACCCCGGCAUCAUGGUGUUCUUCCCGCGCAUUCCGUUCGACGAGAAGAACUAUCACAUCGAGCUGACGUCGACGCUGUCGGAUAAGAGCUACCGCUACAGCCUCUCGUCGGUUCCGUUCGUGGCCAACACGAGUAGUUUCUACGCAGAGAUGCGGUUUGCGCCCGAGAUGCGCACUGGUGACGGUGACCUUAACCAGAGUUCGCUCUCGGCCAUCAUCAUGAUCGCGAUCAUUGGGUUCGUGUUCUUCAAGCAGGAGCUGGCGUUCGAGCUGCUGGGUCUGGCGGGUAACAAACUGACCGCGGUGGCUAGCGGCCUGGUAGGUAACCGAGUGAAGGCGAAAGAACUGAAAAAUGAUGCUGGGUAUAUCGACGAUCGGGACAUCGAUGCCCUGGCGUCGAAGAUUGAGGGAUCGAAGAAGAAGAAAAGCAAAAAGGUGUCCUAAAUUGGCACGGUCAGGCCAAAGUAAGGGUGUGUUCAACGUGCAGAGGAAAAACUCAUUGUAGUCGGAAAUGAACAAUAUUUGGAAUAAAGUAAGUGGUUGAGGUAG